ACUGUGCAAAAAUUAUCUUUGAAAAACAGAAAAUAACUGAUUUCAGUUGGGAAAUUUUUCAUUGGAUUGGGAAUUUUUUGCUCCAGAUUGGGAAAAAUAGAGCAUAUUUGGCAUUGGGAAUGGGGCCGAAUAUCGGCCCCGUGAGAUAGGGUGAAAAAGUCCUGGUUAUAUUAAAAAUACUCGUAAUGAAAGUCAGCUUAAUAUCGCAGUGGCCGAGAGGGCAAAGGCCCCUUAGAAUACUCUGUUUUUUGUCAGGGCGUGGGUUCGCUCCCCGCUAUGGGCGAUCCUUUUUUUUUUUUUUUUUUUUUAAAUGUAAAGGGACAUAUUAUGUUAUACCCCCGGUGUCGUCUGUCUAUCCGUCCUUCUGUCCGUUAGCAGUUUCAAGUCCGCUCUGUAACUCUUGAACCCCUUGAAGGAGUUCAAAGAAACUUGACACAAAUGUUCACCAAACCGAGACGACAUGCAGAGUGCAUGUUUUGGAUGUCUCUCUUCAAGGUCAGUGUCACAUUAGGGGUCAAAGGUCAUAUCAGUUUGUUUCAUGUCUGCUCUGUAACUCUUGAACUGCUUGAAGGAUUUCAAAGAAACUUAGCACAAAUGUUCACCAUACGGAAGUGACGUGCAGAGCACAAGUUUUGGAUGACUCGCUUCAAGGUCAAGGUCACACUUAGGGGUCACUGGUCAUUUCCGGUACAAUCCCGGACAAUCCGGAACGGAUCACAUGUAUGCAUUAAAAAAAAAAAGAUUGUCUAUAGCGGGGAGUGGACCCGCGGCCCUGACAAAAACCUACAGUAAUAUGUACCAGCGCUUUAGACCUCUCGGCCAUCGCAGCAGAUGAUGGAAAUAGCGAGUAUUUUUAUCAUAACCACUGAUGAUAUUGUCUGUGUCCCGGCUCUGUUGGUAAAUUUGACUGUGCAACCAGAGCGAUUCUCGUAUUCCUUGGACAAGCAAUUUGUAUUGAAACAAAUAGACAAAAAGACGGACAAAUACUUUAUCUGUUCAGUAAUACAAUUUCACUGGGAACUAUAAAUGGAUAGCAAGACUGACGUCAAGAUGACUUCUCUAGCAAAGCAGCUACAGCGUCUUGCCGUUCCCCACACCCAGACUAUACUUGGUGAAGACAAAAAGAAAGCUUCUUUACUUUUUGACCCAAAAGAAGCAGCCUCUAUUGACAGGGAAACAUUCCACGCUCUUGGUUUGAAUGGUUUGGAGGAGCUGGAGACUAUAGAUGAAGAUUUCAGUGACUUUGAGACAAGUUUGUUUGGAGAUUCCUCAUUGAUGUUUGAGAGAUCAGUCCAGACAAAAGAUGUAAAUGCAAAACUGGACAAAACCAUACAAAGAUUUCUGAUACAUGUGUCACCAUAUUGUCUGCUUAAACCUGCACAUAAAGCUCUAGAAUGGCUUGUACAUAGGUUUCAUAUUCAUUUCUACAACACUGAUGAACUGUUGCUGUGUUUCCUACCAUACCAUGAGAGUAAGAUAUUUGCAAGAGUUCUUCAGCUGAUCAAAUUUGACUCAAGGAUUUCCUCAAAAUGGGAUUUCUUGGAACCUUUACAGAAAUCCGGUGUUCAUCUUUCAAGGAUGACUUUAGUAAAUCACUGUGCCACUGAUCCAGCUUUCCUGUCUUUUGUUUGUGAGAUGGUUCCAACAGCUGUCGAGGUAUUAACUGAGAAAGGAGAAGUCCCGAAGUGUAGAGUAUUAUUUUCCUUCUAUGCUACAACAGUGAUUGGUGUCCUUGAGACGACCUCUGUGUCAGAGGUCAUCUUGUCAACCUUACUGCCCCACCUAACUACUGGAAUGAAGUCUGCAGUGCUGGAAUACAAGGCUGCCUCAUAUAUGAUAUUUGCACAACUUCUCCACAAGACAAAACUAACUCCAGAUCUUGUCAAAUCUUUGCAGCAGAUUUUAGCUAAGAGUAUGGUACCAGACUUGUUAGGAGAGGCUGUUUCAUGUAUGAUACUCAUGUUUCAAACUCAAGAUGUCAGCAAACACCGUAUCACUAAAAAGACAUUCAAAUACAUGUGUCGGCACUACACUGUGGUAGAUGUUAUAGGCCAGCUUCAUGCACAGUUUGAGGCCUCACAGUUUCUAACGUAUUUCCUAGAUAGGUUAAUUCCUGCAGCCUUCCAGCAUGCUGUUGGCAUAGCAACAAGUGGAGAGAGUAGCGAGUCAGAGUCCUCUGGGGGCUUGAAAGAAUAUAUGUCCAUGUUGCACAGACUCUUGUCAUCUGUCAGUCUUCCAGAUGAAACAGCUGAAAAUGCUGCUUACACAUUCCUGGGUGUCUACAUCAAGCAUGGCAACAAACAUCUGGAUAAUGACGUUGAUGAUAGAAUCAAAGACAGUUUACAGGGCAUUGUUAGGCAGCUGGAAGGAAAACAUUCGGCAGCUGUGGACAGGGCUGUCAGUAGAACACUGAAGGGAUGUAAGAAAUCCCAGGAGAAGAACCUUGUUAACGAGUUCCUCAACUUGUAUGUGCUCUCGGUACCACAUCAGCUGGUUACAGACAGUGAAACUAGCCUGGUUCUCUCAUUGAACCACAGGCUACAAUCCGUCAGGGAAAAGGCUGUCUCUAUGCUUAUACAGAAUAGAAAGGGGCUUGAAGAAGAGACAUUUCUGAAGGACUCCCUUACUUUACGACUCAAAGACGAGAGUCCUGGAGUUGUACAGGCAGCUUUAUCUAUUGGUCAGGAGUUAUGGUCAGUUGUAGGGGAUGAUGUACAGACGGUGAAACUUCUGCAGAAACCUAUCCUGAAUGGCCUAGAUGAUAAGCAAUGGGAGAAGUCAGCAUGUUUAGCAGCAGAGAUAUUAGGGAGUUACUCUGGUGACCUUGACAUUGAAGUAUUUACAAGUUGUCUCCCUUGUUUAUUUGUGACUCAUGAGUCUAAGGUGUCUUUAGAGAUAAUAGGGCUGUUGUUGAACUCUACGCUUACAUCAGAUCAUCCAGUGCUAAUGAAGAUCAAGAAAGAAUGGAACACUGUUUCUAAAACCAUGAAGAAACAGUCAGCAGAUGUUGGACUGUUGGAUACCAGUACAGCAAGGUGCCUGGCUGAAGGUCUGUGUCAGGCUGUCACACAGAAUCAAAUUCAGAUUGUCAAAGACUGGACUGAACUGGCUGGAAAAGCCGAUAGUGCAAGAAUUGCAUGUUUGAUGCUGGUAGUACUUGACAACCUUGUCUCCAUGGUUACUGAUCCCAGAAAGAGGCUAGAGAUAUGUUUGUUACAGUUACAGCUUGUAGAUAGUCUUCAGAAAGCACAGGUGGUCAGACACCAUGAAGUGGCUAUGACAGAUAUUCAGAAGAGUUGGGAUGAAAUAAUAGCUAGUGAUCAUAAAGUAACGAAGGCAGUAAGACAGGGUCAGGUAUCUAGGUUACUGUGUCAGAAGGCAGUUGCUGGUCUUGUCCAGGUGUUAAAGAUUCCACAACAGCUGAUAAAAGCACUGGUAUGGCAGUUGCAAGGGGAUGACAGUGAGGGUGACCUGUUCCUGCGUGUUACAGUGCUUCUGUACAGACUUCUGGUUACUGAAGUUUCGAGAAAAGAUGGACAGGUGUACAGAAUGUUGUACCAGUCACUGCAGAAGACAUGCUUCACUAAUGCAGACAUAUACCUGAAGUUUUUAUGCCUACUAUGGACACAGCAUGCUAAUGACCAGGCCACUGACCUUGGACUGACCUUGACCUUACAGGCAAGGUCAUUACAUCUGGGACUGGCAUUUGUGAAAAGUUUAGCAGGAAAGGAAAGAGAAAGGUGUUUGCAGUUGCCAACAGUUGUGUCUAGUGUCCUGCUUUUACUUACAAGCGAGCAGGCUCACAUCAGGCAAGCCGGGAUCCAGUAUACACAGGAACUACUUUCUAAGGCCAAGAAAGACAACUCGAUGUUCUUUUCCCUCCUGAAGAAAGUAAUUCGUUGUGAAGAAGAAAUUAAGUCCGAUUCAUUGUACAUUAAUCAGAUAAUUGGUUCACACUUUAAACAUACGCAACUGACAGAAGUUGUAGCCAAGAAAUCUAAACAGAAAGAGAAAAGGAGAUCAAUGGAUGGUGUGCAAGAGAAAGAUGGCAGACAGUUGGCUCUGAAGGCGAUGUUAGAAUUGAUUGUUAACCAGUCUACACCAGAAUACAUGCAGUACAAGAUGUUGUACAUUUUCUCACUGCUCAAUAAUAAGGAAGUUUUAGAUGCAUUGAUACCACUAAUGGACAGACUACUGACUCAGCCCAUUGACAGUAUGCCAGAAAUAGCCAGCAAAUGUUUGAAUCUGUUGGUUGAAAGGUUUACACUGGACACAAGUGAUUGUCUGUCUAAGGAUUCACAAGGACUUCAGCUGUUCACAAAGACACUAAAGCUACAUCAGGAGGUUUCCGAGGGCAGUCACACUUCACAGAUGGUUGCAGUUACUCAGGUAACAAAAGAGCUGUUCAGUGCACUAGAGGAUGAUUCCCAACAUGAAAUAUUGAGGACAUUGUUUGAUGUAUGUGUGGAUACUAAACAUCUUGUAGUGGCUAACCUUGUCAGGAAAACACUCAAACAUCUGUCAGUAAAUGGUGAGCAUAUAGAGAAAGAGUUAAGAAAAUGUCUACACCAACCAACUGCUACUACUGUCAGGGAGGCAAAAAGGCUGAAAAAACCUGACCCAACUCCAGAGGCUGCAGGAGACACUGAGUUUGACUCCCGUACUUGGCAGAGAGUCACUGUUGUACUUGAGACUGUUCAGAAUAAGAAGAAAAUACAGAAUUAUACAUGCCUGGUACCUGUGUGCUUUCAGCUAAUGUCCAGCAUACUAGAGUCUGACAACCAUGUAGCUGUGGAAUAUAUAAAACAGCUGAUUCUUGCCUUACUCUACAAUAUCUGUACCAGAGUGGAUAAACUGGAGGACAGUGAUGUAGUACCAGAACAGCAGUUUAACAUGGAUUUAAUUAUCAGCUGUAUACGUUCCUCUGACAAUCCACAAACACACCAUCAUGCCUUGUUGUUACUUACUGCAGCAGCCAGAAUAUAUCCUGAGCACCUGUUACAUAACAUGAUGUCUGUGUUCACAUUUAUGGGAGCUAACAUAAUGAGACAGGACGAUGCCUACAGUUUUCUUAUCAUCAGUAAAAUACUGGAGACAGUUAUACCUGCACUUAUCACUGCUUGUGAGCAGAGAAAACGUGUACCAAAAGGAAUCACAAAUGACCCAGAUGAUAUAAUCACCAUGGUGAUACAGGUGUUUGUCGACUCGUACCCGUAUAUACCGGAACAUCGACGACACCUUCUGUUUAACAAGCUGUUGACUGUAACAGGAGAGGAUAGGUACCUCUGGAGGACACUGUUGCUCAUGAUGAAACAUGUGGUUACAAAGGGAACGUUGAGGGCGGAGCUUACCACAGAUUCGCAGGAGGUAUCUAGUGACACAGAGUUUUGUCUGACAAUGUGUGCAGAAUUUACAUCUGCUGUGCAGUUGUCGUCUGCUAGAGAAAUGAUGGAAUAUCUGCUUAAACUGCCUGAUGACAAAGAUGAUGAUGCUGCAAAAACAGUCAGGAAAGGACAGAAGGCUCAGUCGUUUGGGAAACUUCAUAAAGAGGAUGCCCUUGUCUUCAAUGUAGCUGUACAUACAGGGAAACAACUACGACAUUUUAAAUAUGCUACGAUAAACCUGCUAGUGAACCUGUUCACAAGUACUGACUUUUUAAUGCAGCUAUCUGAAAAUGAGGAAGAUUUGAGUGGAGUAUUCCAGAUGGUGCUUGAGACAGCCCUUAAGUUAGUGUCACAUGUCACACAUGCUGCUAACAGAUCUAACACUAAACCUACCGCUAAAUACUGGAGAGCCCUGUUGCAUAAAACACAUGACAUGCUCGACAAGUUUGUUUCCCUGUUACCUGACGGUUUGUUCCUCACUGUGAUUGGUGGAUUAUUGUCACAUGACCUUGCAACUAUACAGAGGAAAGCCAUGGAUUUACUCAACACUAAGUUACAGCAACAGAAGGAGAUGAAGGAGUCUGAGGCUGAAGCCAUGUUACCCCUGGUAGAUCAGCUGAGAGAACUGGUAACACAGCUGGCACUAGGUGGCACUGUCACCGAGGAGGGCUCUGUCAACUGCCAGACUGCAUUUAUCUCCCUUAAACUGCUGUGUAGACAUUUAGGAUAUAAUCACAAAGGAGAAUUCAGUCAGGUUUUAAAAACAGCUGUAGCUGUAUUCCAGCACACCAGUACAAGUGUGCAGGUGUCAUCUUGUGCACUGUUAUGUAUUGCCGAGGUUGUCUCAACAUUGAAGAUGCAUGUUAUACACCAGCUUCCAAAGUUCAUGCCAGCACUGAUAAAAGUAAUGGCUGACAGGGAGAAACUGUUCAGGAAUGAGUUAUAUGUGAUGAGUGUAGUAACAGCUGUGAACAAAGUUGUGGAAAAUCUGUCCAAUUUCCUCAGUCCCUUCCUGCAUGAUAUACUUGUGAAUGUGUGUAUGUUGUCAAGUGAGGCUUCACAAUAUGACAUUCUACAGAAACCACAAGUGUCUCUUCGACUGAAAACUAUCAGGACUACAUUGUCCACCAAUAUACCAACAAGAGUUUUGCUUCCAGUUGUUACGACUUGCUAUACCAGCCUUGUAAAGUCAGAUCUGAUGAGUGUGUCAUCAUUGAUGUCACUGUUUGGCGAGCAUGUGUCACAUAUUACACGAGAAGAUCUCACCAGCCAUCUCCCACAGCUACAGACGUUCUUCCUACAUUGUCUAGAUAUACGCAUAGACUUCCCACAGCUAAAUCAAGAAAAGCUGGCUGAGUUAGAGAGUGUUACCAUAGAAACGAUUAUCACCAUGGUGAUGAAAUUGUCAGAGUCAACAUUUAAACCUUUCCUGUUCAAAGUAUUUGACUGGGCUACCACUAGUGAGGAGUUCAGAGAAAGAAUACUGGUGUUCUACAAACUGGCUGAAAGAUUGGCAGAGAGGCUUAGAAGUUUGUUCACAUUGUUCGCUGGUCACAUUAUAACCCAUGCUGCGAAAAUGCUGGAUGAAAAUAACAAUAUGAAACAAGAGGACAAGUUUUUCCAAGCUGAUAAUGCCAAGUACAGUAGAUCAUGCCAGUUAUUGGAGUUUAUACUUGACUGUAUCAACAAGUGUUGUGUUUAUGAUACUGAGGGUUUUAUCAAUAAAGAACGAUUUGAUCUGCUGAUGCAACCUCUUGUAGAUCAGUUGGAGAACCAGCAAGGAGGUGAAGUGAUGUACGAAAAGAGAAUAAAUGAGCAUCUGGUUCCCUGCAUUGUACAGCUAUGUGUUGCUGCUCAAGAUGAUUCCUUAUGGAGGGCUCUUAACUACCAAGUCUGCCUCAAAACCAGGAACCAGCAAUCUACAGUGAAACAGUCAGCAUUGAUUACUCUAGAUAUAUUACACAAAAAGUUGGGCGAGGAUUACAUGCCUUUACUUCCAGAUACUAUACCAUUCCUUGCUGAACUUAUGGAAGAUGAGUCAGAGGAUGUUGAGAAGAAAUGCCAUGAAGUUAUACGAGAAAUGGAAAAAACUCUAGGGGAGCCUCUGCAGAAAUACUUCUAGAUUAGAGAACUGUUGAACAAAUCUUUGGACUUCAUAUUAUAAUAAAAUACCAAGAAACAACAUAUUGGCUGCAGAUCCAGGAGUAAUUUUGAAGAUUUGAAAGAAUAAUUUUUAUGUCUCCCCCAGGAGACAUAUUGUUUUUGCCCUGUCCGUCCGUCCGUCUGUCCGUCCGUACGUCACACUUUAUUUCCGAGCAAUAACUGGAGAACCAUUUGACCUAGAACCUUCAAACUUCAUAGAGUUGUAGGGCUGCUGGAGUAGACGACCUCUAUUGUUUUUGGGGUCACUCUGUCAAAGGUCAAGGUCACAGGGGCCUGAACAUUGAAAACCAUUUCCGAUCAAUAACUAGAGAACACUUGACCCAGAAUGUUGAAACUUCAUAGGAUGAUUGGUCAUGAAGAGUAGAUGACCGCUACUGAUUUUGGGGUCACUCCAUCAAAGGUCAAGGUCACAGGGGCCUGAACAUUGAAAACCAUUUCCGAUCAAUAACUAGAGAACCACUUGACCCAGAAUGUUGAAACUUCAUAGGAUGAUUGGUCAUGAAGAGUAGAUGACCCCUAUUGAUUUUGGGGUCACUCCGUCAAAGGUCAAGGUCGCAGGGGCCUGAACAUUGAAAACCAUUUCUGAUCAAUAACUAGAGAACCACUUGACCCAGAAUGUUGAAACUUCAUAGGAUGAUUGGUCAUGAAGAGUAGAUGAUCCCUAUUGAUUUUGGGGUCAUUCCGUCAAAGGUCAAGGUCACAGGGGCCUGAACAUUGAAAACCAUUUCCGAUCAAUAACUAGAGAACCACUUGACCCAGAAUCUUGAAACUUCAUAGGAUGAUUGAUCAUGAAGAGUAGAUGACCCCUAAUGAUUUUGGGGUCACUCCGUCAAAGGUCAAGGUCACAGGGGCCUGUACAUCGAAAACCAUUUCCGAUCAAUAACUAAAGAACCACUUGACCCAGUAUGUUGAAACUUCAUAGGAUGAUUGAUCAUGAAGAGUAGAUGACCCCUAUUGAUUUUGGGGUCACUCCAUCAAAGGUCAAGGUCACAGGUGCCUGAACAUGGAAAACCAUUUCCGAUCAAUAACUGGAGAACCACUUUAACCAGAAUGUUGAAACUUCAUAGGAUGAUUGUACAUUCAAAGUAGAUGACCCCUAUCGAUUUUGGGGUCACUCCAUUAAAGGUCAAGGUCACAGGGGCCUGAACAUUGAAAACCAUUUCCGGUCAGUAACUUGAGAACCACUUGACCCAGAAUGUUGAAACUUAAUAGGAUGAUUGGUCAUGCAGAGUAGAUGACCCCUAACGAUUUUGGGGUCACUCUAUUAAAGGUCAAGGCCACAGGGGCCUGAAUAUGGAAAACCAUUUCCAAUCAAUAACUUGAGAACCUCUCAACCCAGAAUGUUGAAACUUCAUAGGAUGAUUGUUCAUACAGAGUAAAUGACCCCUAUUGUUUUUGGGGUCACUCCGUUAAAGGUCAAGGUCACAGGGGCCUGAAUAUUGAUAACCAGUUCCGAUCAAUAACUUGAGAACCUCUCAACCCAGAAUGUUGAAACUUCAUAGGAUGAUUGAACAUGCAGAGUAGAUGACCCCUAUUGAUUUUGGAGUCAGUCAAUUAAAGGUCAAGGUCACAGUGGCCUGUUCAUGUAAAAUAAUUUUUUGGAAAUAACUUGAGAACCACUUGACCUACAAUGUUGAAACUUAAUAGGAUGAUUGGACAUUCAGAGUAGAUGACCCCUAUUUAUUUUGAGGUCACUUGAUCAAAGGUCAAGGUCACAGGAGCCUGAACAGUUACUUGAGAACCACUAGGCCCAGAGUGUUGAAAUUUAGCGGGAUGACUGGACAUGCCAAGUAGAUGAUCCCUAUUGCAGCCAACCAUCAGUGUCUCUUUGACUUUCCCUCCUGACCCCUAUUGACUUCUUGCCUAUAGGACUUUGCAUUUGGGGAGACAUGUGCUUUUUUACAAAAGCAUUUUCUAGUUUUCUCAAUAUUUAGGACUAUUUUUAGCUCACCUGAGUAUUUUGAAUUACACAAAACUUGGUUUCCAUAUUUGGAAACCCCUUGUUACGAAAAAGAUUAAUCAAAACAGUAGCGUCAACGUUGUUAAGAAGGGCAAUUUGUAUGAUAUCAUUUGGUUGUUAGGAAUGUUUUAUGUUAAUGAAAUGAGUAGACAAUAAAUUUGAUUAUUAAGCUA